UCCUGAGGCAGGCUGAGUGGGCUGGGGGGGAGCUGUCCGCUGUGCUGCACAUCUGCUGCAGCUGCUGCCGGAUCAUCACCAUCAUCUUCAUCUUCAUCCCCCUGUGCUGGCGAUUACAUGUCCUCACCUGGGACACCGGCUGCUGAAGUCUUCUCAUGAAUGAUUCCCCCCAAAUGAAGAGGUUCCUCAGGAGGAAGAUGUGCAACUAGAACAACUCAGGGCAACACAACCAAACCAUUAGAGUGAUUCGAUUACAAAAACGUUUUCUGAAGUCAACACAACACGGAUCAUUUACAGCCUGUGAGCACUUUAAAAGAUCUGUCGAACAUCUUCAGCCAUUCAACAGAGAUUUAUACUUUAAUUUGUAAUUUUGAUAAAGGGCCCUGUAGCGCCACUGUUUGAUGACACUUACAAUAUUACCAAGGAAAUCAAGGACAAUGCAAAUGAUUUGAAGUUGAGGUGACCACCACUGUCCAUACUGUUAACAUUAGAACGAUUGUGUAAGAACGAGUGAAAACCAGAGAGGGUCACAACACCAGCCAGUUUGAUCUAAUACAACCUCACUGAGCAUCUCACCAGAGGGCUCAUUCAUUUACCACUGAUUUGCCCGGUGUUGUUUCUGCUGGAACUAUUGCUUUGCCCUGGGGCUUGUGGGAGAACACUAUUUGCAUUUAGUUCCAUCUGCUGCCAGAUUUCACUAUGUGAUCCUUCUCCUGGGUUUAUAAACACAUGACCCCACAGAGUCAUGCCAGUCCAGACAUCUUCUGACUGCUGCACUAAACGUGCACAGUGAACAGUUUCUACCGAUCAAAGCGUCCAGAAUGAGCGAAACUAACUACUGGGUAGUGGACUAUGACCUCUCCUCUCCUUCUCCACCUGUAUUCCCCAGGGGCCCGACAGUGCUGCAGCCAGCCAUGGCGGCACACCCAGAGCAGGGAACAGCCCUGUGUUUCGUGGGCCUCCUCCUGAUUCUGCUGCUCGUCCUCAUGGUUCGCUGCGUCCGUAUCUUGUUGGACCCCUACGGCAGCAUGCCGGCUGCCUCGUGGACAGACCACAAGGAGGGGCUGGACAGAGGACAGUUUGAUUAUGCAUUGGUGUAA